AUGUCAGGAAUUUGCAAAGCUCGUCUCACCGAAGAACGUCGACAAUGGAGAAAAGAUCAUCCAUAUGGAUUUUAUGCGCGUCCCGUAAAAACCGACAACGGCUUAGACUUAUUGAACUGGCAAGUGGGCAUUCCAGGAAAAAAAGGGACACCAUGGGAAAACGGCGUGUUUAAGAUGACGAUGACAUUUCCAGAAGGUAAAUUCGUACCAGCCCUCUUUCAUCCAAACGUGUAUCCCUCCGGAACUGUAUGUUUGUCAAUCUUAAAUGAAGAAGAAGGAUGGAAGCCCGCAAUUACUAUUAAGCAAAACCUUCUUGAUGAGCCAAAUCCUGAUAGUCCCGCUCAAUCCGAUGCAUACAUGUUGUUCAA